AAAAAAAAAAAAAAAAAUCAGUUGCGGUGUAUUUUGAGAAUUGGAUCGUUUAAGGUUUGAGGGACAGGUAUCCUUUCUCCUCUUUUACUCACCUCCCCCUUUCAUCCUCUUUAUUCUUUCACUCCUCCUUGUUCCUGCCAGUGUUUUUCGUCUACUCCAUCUUCCAGAACCCUCAUUCUUACACAGCCUUUCAAUUUCUCGCCACGCUUACUCUCUGUUUCGCCAGUUAUCACCAUGGAAAAUGGUAAAAACCUUUUCCCACCAUCGGCGCUAUUUGCUGCUCCAUCGUCCUUGUGGCCCAAUUCUGUAAACUCGAAUCCUUCAGAGUCGAGCUCUACUUCGUUCAAUGCUCAUCAAUCAGAUGAAUAUUCUGGCUUGUCUUUUGCAGCUUGGAGACGCAACUACAGUAGACAAAACCCAAGUCCCGACUAUAGUUCCCAGGAAGAAAGGCGUGAAGAUCCGGGCGACGAUGAUGACUCCGAAAAGAUCCAUGGAGGCGUAUCACCAUCCAGCUUCUUGUUGCCUGUUUCCAGCAAAGAUCGUUUUCCAUCCGGACAUGACAAAAGAAAUGGUAUCACAAGUAAUAAAAUGACGAGGACUGUCAUCUCCAUUCGGAUUCUGGUGAUCGUAAUCCUUAUUUCACUAUUUUCAUGGUUCUACUUGGAGGCUCUGGCUGGAGGCGAUAUCGAAUGGGUCAAGAAUCAUCUAUCUAUACUGGGGACAAACUUGAUCCUUUCGGUGCUCUGUCUAACCACGGCAUUAACCAUGAUUGUAUUAACACCUAUGACUCGAGCCUUUACGAUCUGUCUCUGUUCUGGUGUGGGCGUGAUCCUGUAUGCAUUAAAGAGAUGGGAUGAUGGGGAAUCAUUUGAGGCGCAUGGAGCCUACAACAUGCUGGUCUUUCUUGUUAUUGCUGUGCCCUUGAAUGGAUUGAUUCAGUCAAUCUUAUUCUGUCAACGCAAGAUGCCUCCACGUAAAUUUCGUCGAUUCAUGACCCUGAGUGUAAUGGGUACGACCCUUCUGACGACCCUCUUAUUAACAUACUAUCAUUCUAUAUGGGGUAUGGGUGCUAAUGGAGCGCAUUUGUUACAUGGAAAGUUGAAUGGGACACAGCUUUGUGAGUGGCAAGGGAUAAAUAUCCCAGCGGUCGAUCUUUUGCCCAACCAUAUUCAGAACUUUUGGACAGGAAAGCUUUACUGCCCAGUCGUGACAGGCAUCGAAGCAGAAUGGACCCAUGAAGGCCUUCUGACUAUCAACUGUCUUAACAAAGAAUUCAAGGUCUCAGGGGCAUCGCCUACAUAUGAUAUCUUGCCUGAUACUAAGCCAUGGCCAGCUUCGGAUAAGAUAAUGCACACUUAUAACAAAAAGAUCGUAGAGCGAACUCAACGGCACACGUACAACGAGCCAGUAUUUGUCAAUGACAAAGGUGUAGAGGCGAUUGUUGCUAACUGUGAGACAGAUGUCUCUAAAGUCCUUAUUCGGCUUGUCCGUGAUCAGGUUGUCUUAGACAGAGUCAGAACAGCUGAGAAGACUGGACAGGGACAGGAAGAAGCUACUAUUUCGGAACAAGAACAGGAGCAUGAGUUUACUGGCGCACUGAAGGAUGAUGGCAUGAAAGAUGACAAAGAGCUAGAGAGAAGACCCAACGUCUUGGUCUUGUUCUUGGAUGCUGUGUCUAGGAGAAAUUUCUAUCGCAAGAUGGCCAAAACUGCCUCUGUAAUAGCUAGCUUGGACAAAACCACUCAAGGUGGACCUCAACUACACGAGUUCUUCCGCUAUCAUGCUGUUGGUUUCAAUACUGAUGCCAAUUCACGUGUAGUUUAUACCAACUAUCCAGAACCCCAGAGUCCUCCUGCGCCUCCCAUUUGGAAGGAUUUCCAUGAGGCUGGAUACAUCACAUCAAGAGUGGAGGACAACUGCGAGGAUUGGUCAACACAAUACACAGGAGUUGAAACGUCAAAAUACUUUGAUCACGAGUUACAGGCCCCUUUCUGUCUCCCACCUUACUAUGCUCUGGAAGGGAACCCAUUCUCGAACUUUGAAGGACCUUAUUCGAUCGUGAGCAGAUGUCUUCAUGGCACCAAUGUUCACAAUCAUGCACUCGAAUACAUGAAUCAGUUUCGACGCGCUUAUCCAGACCAGCCUUGGUUUCAAAUGGGAUCCUUUAUUGAGGGGCAUGAAGGAACUGGAGAAGUCUUGUUGACACUAGAUGGAGAUAUGGCCAGGUUCUUUAAAGGAAUGGAAAAGGAUGGCACUCUUGAUAAUACAAUUAUCUUUAUGAUGGCGGAUCACGGACUUCACAUGGGUAUCAACUUUAUGUUCACUACGAAUGGGCGUAUAGAACACAUGAAUCCAUAUUUGUCUGUCAUUUUACCACCAUCAAUUACUCAAAAAUACCCAAGUCUCGCGAAGGGGCUAAUGCAUAACCAACAGUCACUCAUUACAGGAUACGAAAUCCACGCAACCCUCAAGAUGCUCGCGUCAGGAAAGAUGCCAAAACAUGGAGAUGAAGACGGUGUUGAUGGAGGUAACUGGAGGAAAGGAACACUUUUUGAUGAAGAAUUGGAUCCAGGUCGCACAUGUGAGCAAGCGAGAGUCCCUGAAGAGUAUUGCUCUUGCCGUGCUAACUAAAAGAGAAAAAAACAUCGAGCCUAGAAAUACAUCAUUGAUGAACAUGUAUAAUAUCAUAUAGCAUAAUUAAAUAAACGGUAAAGUUGCUAAUAUGGGAGAGAGAACCCCCAAAGCAGAUCAGAU